UAGGUGACAUUAACAUUUGCAACCUAUAUAAUGCUAUACCGUCAUUACCCCAAUAUUCAGGCUGCAGAGACGGUAUGUCAGGGGAAAGGACUGGAGGGGGUGUUACUGCAGGAGUGUGUCUAUGACAUCGUGGUCACGAAAGAUAUCACUUUCUCCAACCAAGAAACAUAUGAACUAGGUUGUCCUGGUCAGUGUAAUGGUAAAGGGAGGUGUGUGAACAGCACUUGUCAAUGUAACCACGGCUGGACUGGAACUGACUGCUCUAUAGGUUCCUGUGGUGCCUGCGUCAGUGGUGUGUGUGACAGCGGUUUCUGUGUGUGUACUGUGGGCUGGGAAGGGACAGCCUGUGACCAGAAAGGGCGGUUGCAGAACCUCUUGGAUUUGAAGAAAAGCAGCGACUCUGCUAGUUCGAUGUCGGGGUGCGUAAUCGUCUUGGUACACAGAGUUGUUCCUGAAGAUGGUUCUUACGAAGAGAAGUAUUGUUUGCUGAAGAAUGUCUCUGUAGGAACGCUGGUUGGGGUUGCCUUCUAG